AGAGGAUGCCAGCACUCAGCGCGUUGCCUUUCCUGAAGCCCGUUCACCUGAGGUCCCCUGGAAGCUCGCCAAGGGGCCAGCGCCGCUACACGCUGCCGUUUCGCUGCCUCAGCCCCGAGGAUGCCAUCAGCGUGUUCGAGAUUGAGAGGGAAGCCUUUAUAUCCGUCUCUGGAGACUGUCCCCUCCACCUGGAUGAGAUCCGCCACUUUCUGAACCUGUGCCCGGAGCUCUCCCUCGGCUGGUUUGAGGAAGGGCGGCUGGUGGCAUUCAUCAUCGGCUCCCUCUGGGACCAGGACAGGCUCAGCCAGGCGGCGCUGACCCUGCACAAGCCGCGGGGCACGGUGGUCCACAUCCACGUGCUGGCCGUCCACCGCACCUUCCGGCAGCAGGGCAAGGGCUCCAUCCUCAUGUGGCGAUACCUGCAGUACCUGCGGUGCCUGCCCUUCGUCCGGCGUGCCCUGCUCAUGUGUGAAGAUUUCCUUGUGCCCUUCUACCAGAAGUGCGGUUUUGAGGUGCUGGGUCCCUGCGAGGUGACGGUGGGAGAGCUGGCCUUCAUCGAGAUGCAGCACUCCGUGCGGGGACAUGCCUUCAUGCGCAGGAACAGCGGCUGCUGAGCCCC